CUGUGCUCUGGGUGAUGACGUGUCCCGAACACGCUCCUCAUAGAGCCGCUGCCUGGUGUCCACUAACGGCUAGACUUGGAACGAUAUCAGGAGGGACAUCAUGGGCAUUAAAUUCCUGGAGGUGAUAAAGCCAUUCUGUGCAGUUUUACCUGAGAUCCAGAAACCAGAGAGGAAGAUUCAGUUUAGAGAGAAAGUGCUAUGGACUGCAAUCACCCUGUUCAUCUUUCUGGUGUGCUGCCAGAUUCCACUCUUUGGAAUCAUGUCUUCAGACUCUGCAGAUCCCUUUUACUGGAUGAGAGUUAUCCUGGCCUCCAACAGAGGUACUUUGAUGGAGCUGGGUAUCUCUCCUAUUGUAACAUCUGGUCUGAUCAUGCAGCUGUUGGCUGGAGCUAAAAUCAUUGAGGUUGGAGACACCCCGAAAGACAGAGCACUCUUCAAUGGAGCUCAAAAACUCUUUGGCAUGAUCAUCACCAUUGGCCAGGCUAUUGUGUAUGUGAUGACGGGCAUGUACGGAGACCCUUCAGAAAUGGGUGCUGGAAUCUGCCUUCUCAUCAUCAUUCAGUUGUUUGUGGCGGGUCUGAUUGUGUUGCUGCUGGAUGAGUUGCUGCAGAAGGGUUACGGCUUGGGCUCUGGUAUCUCUCUUUUCAUCGCCACCAACAUCUGUGAGACUAUUGUAUGGAAGGCAUUCAGCCCAACUACAGUCAACACAGGAAGAGGUACUGAGUUUGAAGGAGCCAUUAUUGCUCUGUUUCACCUGUUGGCUACUCGCUCUGAUAAAGUGCGAGCUCUGAGAGAGGCCUUCUACAGGCAGAACCUGCCCAACCUCAUGAACCUCAUAGCCACGGUCUUCGUCUUUGCCGUGGUCAUAUACUUCCAGGGCUUCAGAGUUGACCUUCCCAUUAAGUCUGCACGUUACCGUGGCCAGUACAACACGUAUCCCAUCAAGCUGUUCUACACCUCCAACAUUCCCAUCAUCCUGCAGUCUGCUCUGGUGUCCAACCUGUACGUCAUCUCUCAAAUGCUUUCCACACGCUUCAGUGGAAACUUUCUGGUCAACCUGCUGGGAACUUGGUCUGACUCCACAAGUGGAGGACCAGCUCGUGCUUACCCAGUAGGUGGUUUGUGCUACUACCUCUCUCCCCCAGAAUCAUUUGGCACCGUUCUGGACGAUCCAGUCCAUGCUGUAAUUUACAUCAUCUUCAUGCUAGGGUCCUGUGCCUUCUUCUCGAAGACCUGGAUUGAGGUGUCUGGAUCCUCUGCAAAAGAUGUUGCCAAACAGCUGAAAGAGCAGCAGAUGGUUAUGAGGGGACACAGAGAAACUUCUAUGGUCCAUGAACUCAAUAGGUACAUCCCCACUGCUGCAGCUUUUGGAGGACUGUGCAUUGGUGGUCUCUCGGUUAUGGCCGACUUCCUGGGAGCCAUCGGUUCAGGAACUGGAAUCUUGUUGGCCGUCACCAUCAUCUACCAGUACUUUGAGAUCUUCGUCAAAGAACAGAGUGAAAUGGGCAGUAUGGGCGCUCUCAUUUUUUAGUGAGGCCCUCUGUGACUACAUCAGACUGACUGAACUUAUAUGGUUUAAGUUCAUUUUAUAAAUGAUUUGUUUUCUCAAAUGCAAAAUUCAGUGCUCUACAUCCAGGAUGUUCUCCCACUGUGCAUCUGAUCUUGACAGGUACUGAAUUCUAUUGUGUUCUCCUGGGGAAAAUUUGGCAGCGUAAUAUGUCAGUAUUUAGCAUGGGAAUGUAACCAUCCCUUAUUGCCGCUUUCACCUCUCGACCGAUCCUCAGUAUGUUAUUCUUUUCUCUAGUCAAUACCUAUCUAUGGGUCUUUCUAAUUCCAUGUAAUUACAUUUAAAUACAUAAAUUGGUCUAGCAUUAACCAAACAGAAAAUGCACUCAUGCAACAUUUUCAGAUGUGAUCUACCUUUGAUACGCCCUUGACUACCAAAAUUUGUCUGAGUAUUUGAAGAGGUAAAUGCAAUGUUAUACUGACAACGGUUGAUUUGGUGUAAAUAAAAAAAAUAUUUUAUAAGGUAUAUGUGUUUGCACAUUUGCCUGUUGCAAUUUUUUUUUUGUGGGCUGAGUGUAUGAAAAUGUGUGGUUGGUUGUAAACAAUUUGCCUAAAUUUAAUUACACAGAGGCCAUUAUUGGGUUGGAUUUUGGUUUGCUGAAACAGUUUCCAUUUAUAUUUAUAUCUGCUAUUAUUUUCUUUCUUGUAUCUACAAGCUAUUUUAGAAUUAUUUUUUUUGUGCAUUUCAAACACACAACUUGAUAUAAGAUAUUAUAUUUAUGUUAUCGCCCUAUUUUGGUCUUAACUAUGGUUUCUUUUAUUGGACCAAAGGCUGCAGAAACUGCCUAAUGAUUAUUUUUUCAGUGUUGAUAUGGGUGGGUUUGUAAAAGAUUAUGUCAUGUGUUUUCUUAUGCAGGCCACAGUAAUAAAAUGUGUUGCAAACAUUUUUGGAGUUAUGUUUUUG